CUGUGAUGCUAUAAAUAUUAGUGUUCAUCAUCCCAACACUUUCCAACUACCAACUACUUUGCCUUCUUCUUUUUCCAUUUCCAUUUCCAUUUUCUUAACUUAUUCCCUUCAAAAUUAUAUUAUGGCUAACCACACUAUGAAGCUGCUCAACUUGCUUCUUCUCUUAGCCACCACCGUCUCAUCAGAUCCUGACCUUCUUCAAGACCUCUGUGUCGCUGACCUCUCCUCAGGUGUGAAAGUGAAUGGAUUCAGCUGCAAAGAAGCAUCUAAGAUAAAUGCCUCAGAUUUCUUCUCGAACAUACUAGGAAAAGCAGGAUCCACCAACAACACCUUUGGGUCAAUAGUGACUGGAGCGAAUGUUGAGAAAGUCCCAGGACUGAACACACUUGGUGUGUCUCUGUCAAGAAUUGACUAUGCCCCAGAUGGCAUAAACCCUCCUCACACUCACCCUCGUGCCACUGAGAUUGUCUUUGUGCUUGAAGGCCAACUAGAUGUAGGCUUCAUAACCACUUCCAAUCUCCUCAUAUCAAAGACCAUUAGCAAGGGUGACAUAUUUGUCUUUCCAAAAGGCUUGCUUCACUUCCAACAGAACAAUGCCAACGUCCCUGCUGCUGUCAUUUCAGCCUUCAACAGCCAACUUCCAGGGACACAGUCAAUUGCUACAACCUUGUUUUCUGCCACACCUUCACUUCCCGACCAUGUCUUGACCAAGACCUUCCAGGUUGGUACCAAAGUCGUUCAGAAAAUCAAGUCCAGGCUUGCACCUAAGAAGUAAAAACUGCUACAUUGGUUCGGCUAUCUUGUGUCUUCUCAACAAUAAAUACUCCUUAUUCAUUCUUUCUGAAAAUUUCAAAACCAUUAUCAUAUAAUGUGAAGAUAAAUUAAAACUGCUUAUUCUAUAAAGAUUGAUCCAGAUAGCUAA